AUGACUUCUAUCGGUACCGGUUACGAUCUUUCUAAUAGUGUUUUCUCCCCUGAUGGGAGAAAUUUCCAAGUGGAGUAUGCAGUGAAGGCUGUUGAGAAUGGUGCAACUUCCAUUGGUAUUAAAUGUUCCGAUGGUGUUGUCUUUGCUGUGGAGAAAUUAAUAACGUCCAAAUUAUUGGUGCCCCGCAAAAAUGUCAAGAUACAAACCAUUGAUCGUCACGUCGGUUGUGUCUAUUCAGGGAUCAUCCCAGAUGGUAGAUAUCUAGUGAACAAAGGUAGAGAAGAAGCCGCAAGUUUCAAAAGUCUGUACAGUAGACCAAUCCCUGUUCCUUCUUUGGCAGACCGUAUGGGUCAAUAUGUGGAGGCUCACACUUUAUAUAAUAGUGUUAGACCGUUUGGUGUGACUGCUAUCUUUGGUGGUAUUGACUCGGAUGGCCCACAUUUAUAUAUGUUAGAGCCAAGUGGUACGUAUUGGGGUUAUAAAGGUGCUGCUACAGGGAAAGGUAGACAAACUGCCAAAGCAGAAUUAGAGAAGAUAUUGGAUAAAGAAACAGAAUUGACUACACAGGAAGCAAUUAAACAAGCUGCAAAAGUUAUCUAUAUGGCACAUGAAGACAAUAAGGACAAAGAGUUUGAAUUGGAGUUAAGUUGGUGUUCGACUGAAGGAACUAAGGGUUUACAUAAAUUUGUCACUGGAGCACAAUUGGAGGAAGCCAUUGAGUUUGCUAAAUCUGAAACCAGUGUUGCAGCUUUUAAUGAUAGUGAUGAUGACGACGACGAUGCCGAAAAUAAUGAUGCUAGUGUCUCAAGUGAUGAUGAAGCUAUAGACCGCGAUGGUGACAUUAAUAUCGAAUAG